UGUCCGUUUUGAAGUGUCCGUUUUUUUCGGUCCUCUUCCUUCGGUCGAUUUAUCGCGCGGCGAUCGAGCCAUGUGGAAGCUGCUGUGGGCGGCCGCCCUGGUGGCCCUGCUCUCCACGUGUCAUGCAGAUGCCAGCCGUGAGAGGAGCAAACGUGCAAUAGCGAACAACCCACAAUUCCAGGGCUAUGUCUAUGAGCCACCAUCCAAGCCGUUUACUUUACCCCCUGCAGGGUCUCGAACAAGCAUAGUUACGGCUAGGCCAUCCGUGAGAACUACCGCUUAUACUUAUACGACUCCAAAGAUUCCGGUGACGCUGCCGCCAAGAACGCCACCACCUGUAACAUAUGGAUAUACUUACACGUCUCCAAGGAUACCAUUCCCGACGCCACCACCAACGACCCGAAGACCGCCACCACCGCCGCCAACGACCCGAAUACCGCCACCACCACCGCCAGACCCGAAUACCCCACCACCGCCACCACCACCGCCAACGACCCGAAGACCGCCACCACCGCCUCCAGUAACGAGAGGAUAUACUUAUACAAGUCCAAAGAUUCCAUUCCCGACACCACCACCACCACCACCGCCAACGACCCGAAGACCGCCACCACCGCCUCCAGUAACGAGAGGAUAUACUUAUACAAGUCCAAAGAUUCCAUUCCCGACACCACCACCAACACAAAGAACACCACCACCAACACGGAGAACGCCACCUCCAACAAGUGGAGGAUAUGUCUAUUCAACACCAGAGACAGUGUUCACGCUACCACCAAGAACACCACCACCACCACCACGAACACCACCACCACCACCACCACGAACACCACCGUCACCACCGCCACCACCAAGAACACCGCCACCACCACCACGAACACCACCGCCACCGCCACGAACACCACCUCCGCGUACGCCACCACCAAGUACAGGAGGUUAUGUCUAUGAUACACCACAAGUACCUUUUACAUUCCCUCCCGUAACGAGGCCACCUCCACCCCCACCACCACCUAGAACUCCGGCUCCACCUUACGUGCCUCCUCCGCCACCUUUACCUCCAACUAGACCUCCGCCACCACCACCACCACCACCUCCUAGAACUCCAGCACCACCUUACGUACCUCCUCCGCCACCUUUACCUCCAACUAGACCUCCGCCACCACCUCCAACUAGACCUCCCUAUGUACCGCCACCACCACCAUCACAACCUCCUAGAACUCCAGCACCACCGUACGUGCCUCCUCCGCCACCUUCACCUCCAACAAGACCUCCCUAUAUACCGCCACCCCCACCUUCACCACCAACUAGACCUCCCUAUAUACCGCCACCACCACCUUCACCACCAACAAGACCUCCCUAUAUACCGCCACCACCACCUUCACCACCAACGAGACCUCCCUAUAUACCGCCACCACCACCUUCACCACCAACGAGACCUCCCUAUAUACCGCCACCACCACCUUCACCACCAACGAGACCUCCACCACCACCCCCAACCAGACCGCCUUACAUACCGCCACCACCUCCCCCUCAACCUCCACGAACUCCUCGACCAGUACCACCAACUUAUCUACCACCAGAAGAAAGUACUCGGUCACCCACGUUUGUGACGCUACCAACCACCCGAUUCACCACUACCCGACCUCCUAUAGUUACAACGAGGCCCACCACAAGAUAUAUCCCACCGGUCACAACUCGACCCACCACAAGAUAUAUCCCACCGGUUACAACUCGACCCACCACAAGAUAUAUCCCACCGGUUACAACUCGGCCCACCACAAGAUACGUUCCACCUACACAACCGUCCAGCUAUCUGCCACCGUACACUACCACCACUACUAUAAGACCAACCACGCGACCCACAACUAGACCAACCACGCGUCCUACUACCCCUCAACCCACCACGCGGCCAACCCAACCAAUUACUUAUCUCCCACCUACUAUACCGCGCACACCAGGAACUACCUACCUGCCGCCGAUAACCACCAAGUCAACGUUCGCUCCAACCAGCUAUCUACCGCCAACCCGACCACCACCAUAUCUUCCACCGUCCACCGCGAGACCAGUCUACGUUACUGUAACGGCGCCACCACCACCCUCUGUUAUCUAUAGCAUUACACCCAGCACCUCAACCCUGCCGCCGCCUACUGGAAGACCAGCGCCACCCCCAUCUCUGCCACCCCCGACUGCUCGACCCACCUUAGGCUACAAUUACCCGAUUCCCGACAUUCCAUUCGAGACACGAUAAGAGAACUAGUGACGCGAGCGACUUGGCGCGCGUUGUCGUUUAACGAAAUCGCGCAUCUGAAAUAUUAGUAUGCAUAUAAUAUUUACAUUAGCAAAGAUUAUUAUUUAAUGGCCGUGGAUAGCGCUAAGUCGCUCGUCGGACAUUUAGAAUAUCGCCUUUUUUACGUAUCAAUGUCUUUACCACACUUUGCUUUCGAAAAAAAAAUGAUCGACUGCCAAGCGUCCUUAAAUGUGUAAUAAGUGUGGGAAAGAAAAAUAAAAUUUUUAAGAAAAUA